AUGCCGGCCAAGAACCGCCAGCAGCCCGCGCCGCCGCUGGCAUCCCCCGUCUCCAAGCCGUCCGCGGCCAAGUACACCAACAAGGACGGCACCAAGAGCAUCACCAUCACCAAGUCGUCCACCUCCACGCCGCCCGCCCAGCCCUCCCCCACCACGACCGCCUCCUCCAAGGGAGCUGCCCCGACGAGUCUCGACGCCUCGGCCGCCGCCACCGCCGCCGUCGCCGCCGACCAGGACCCCGCCCCGACGGUGAAUCGCAAGAAGCAGAAGCGCCGCGCAAAGGCCGCUGCGAAAGCUGCCGCCGCCGCCGAGGCCGCCGACCCAGCAAACGGGCCCAACGGCCUGCCUAGUCCGCCGGCGUCAACCAUCAGCGCACCUGCCCUGCCGCCCUCUUCGGGCACCCCUCGCAAGAUUGUCCACGCUCACCACCAUGUGCCGCAGAACCAGCCCCCCUCCGCGGCUGAGAACGGGGACUACUGGGACGACGAGACCGAGAGCGACGACGAUCACCACCUGCAUUCCUAUCACAGCCACCCCUCACAGGCCAACGGCACCAAUGCCCGCUCCAAGAAGUCGACCAAGAAGAAGAAGCAGCAGAAAGGCGUGGCCGAGAGCUCCAUGAGCGCCUUUGCGCGGGAGAUGGAGCAGCGCGAUGCCGGCAUCUCCAAGGAGAAGAUCUGGAACACGUCCUCCCAGGAGGAGCGUGAGCGCAUCAAGCAGUUCUGGCUCGGCCUGGGUGAGGACGAGCGCAAGUCGUUGGUCAAGGUCGAGAAGGAUGCCGUGCUCAAGAAGAUGAAGGAGCAGCAGAAGCACACGUGCAGCUGUACCGUCUGCGGGCGCAAGCGCACCGCCAUCGAGGAGGAGCUGGAGGGUCUCUACGAUGCCUACUACGAGGAGCUCGAAUCCUUCGCCAACCAACCGCAUAGCCAUCCCCACGGCCCUCCCAUGCUCGGCAACGCCCGGCGGCUGGGCCAGAUGACCGGCCUACACCCGCCCCGGAGCCUCCCAUCGAACUACUCCAAUCAUCACCACCCGUCGCGGGGCCGCAUAGUGGAGCACGUGGACAACGAAGAGGACGACGAGGAAGACGACGACGAGUACGACGAAGAGGUAGAUGACGACUACAGUGACGAGGACGACCUCGACGACGAGGACGAUGGGGAGCCCGAAGACAUGCCCGAGGACAACGCCCUUGACCUGUUCAACUUUGGGCAGAGCCUGACGGUACAGGGUGGCAUUCUCACGGUAGCCGACGACCUGCUGAAGAACGACGGAAAGAAGUUUAUCGAGAUGAUGGAGCAGCUGGCCGAGCGGCGCAUGGCCCGCGAAGAGGACGCGACCUACCAUUCGUCCUACGGGCACUCGGUCAACGGUGCCCCCAUGCCGCCCUCGCACAAUCACCCGCCGCCCGAAGACGACGAGUACGAUGAGGAAGACGAGGAGGAAGAGGAAUACGACUCUCAAGAGGAGGAGUAUGACGAGGAAGAGGAAACCAUGACCGAGGAGCAACGGAUGGAAGAGGGUCGGCGGAUGUUCCAGAUCUUCGCCGCCCGCAUGUUCGAGCAGAGAGUCCUGACCGCUUACAAGGAGAAGGUCGCCCGCGAACGCCAAGCCAAGCUGUUGGAGGAGCUCGAGGACGAAAGCCGGCAGGACGCCCAGAAGAAGGCCAAGAAGGCAAAGGAGGCUCAGAAGCGCAAGGAGAAAGCCGCCCAGAAGAAGCAGGCCCAGGCCGAGGAGAAGGCGCGCAAAGAGGCCGAGAAGGCCGCCGAGGAGGCAGAACGGCUUGCCGAGGCCCAACGCCGUGCCGAAGAGGCCAAGGCCAAGGCGGAGGAGAAGCGCAAGAAGAAGGAACUCCAGAAGAAGCACGAGGAGGAUGAACGCCUUCGGAAGGAGGCCGAGCGACAGAAACGCGCCCACGACGCAAAGGAACGCCAGGCGGAGCAGGAACGGAAAGCCCGCGAGGUCAAGGAGCGCGAGAAGAAGCUGAAGGAGGAGCAGCGCAUCAAGGAGAAGGAGAUGCGGGAGCAGAAGGAGCGGGAGACCCGCGAGCGCCGCGAGAAGCAUGAGAAAGACAAGCGAGAUAAGGAACAGCGAGCCGCUCAGGCAAAGGCCGAACGGGAUGCCAAGGAGAAGCAGAAGCAGGAGGAGAAGGCUGCCCAGAAGGCAGCUGCUCUUGCGGCGCCCAUCCCUAUCCCCACGCAACCCAAGAAGCAGCAGCAGCAGCAACAGCCGCCGCCGCCGCAGCUUGCGUCCAUCCCGGCGCUCCCUCACCAGCCUCCCGUGCACCAGGCCUCACCGCAGAUCUCCGUGGCGACACCAGCCCUUCCGAAGGCGCCUACGCCGAUGAAGCCCCGCGCAGUAUCCCAGGAGAUCACCAGGUCGAUGUCUCAGGCAUCACAGUCAGGUUCAGGUGCCAGUCAGAGCGCUUCGCCGCACCCACUGACUCCCGCGCACGCAAGUCCCGGUCCCAUUGGGCCUCCGAACAAGGCACCGUCCACCGGCCCCGGCAGCUCGUCUUUUCCUGGCGCACCCACAUCCCCCCUACACGGUGGGAUCAAGAGUCCCCCUGGCCUCGGCCCUGGGCCGUUCCCCAUUGGGAUGCCACCUCUCGGGAUGCCGUAUCCUCCUGGAAUGCCCAUGGGUCCGGGAUUCAACCAGAUGCACAACCAUGCGUUCCCUCCGAUGGGCGGUGCCUUCCGACCACCCCCUGGAGGCAUGCCGCUUCCACCUCCUGGCCUUGCUGGGCCGAUGGGCCGAGGAUUUCCAAUGCCUCCCCACGCGCCUCCUGGGUUUCAAGGCGGGCUUGACUCUAUGCCCGGCAUGAGCCAGGGCUUCCCUGGGCAUGAGGGUAUGCCUCUCGGGCAGCCGUCUUCGCACUCCCGACAAGCCUCUGCGAGCUUUGACGGCAGUCCCCUGGAUUCCAAGAGCCCCGGCGCUUCCGCCCAGCCCAUUGCGAGACCUGCACCUAUUGGAAGACCAGGCAGCGUGGUCCAGGGCCAUCGACAGAGCCUUGGUGCUGAGGUGGACAAUGUCAACCAUCUGGGGAGCAGCGCACUGCUUGACGACUCUGAUGAGCCGCUCGGGGAUAUCAGCAAUCAGCAGCGGCGCCACACUGCCGCCCCGGGAACGAGGCCUCCGUUCACAGCAGCCCCAUUCCACGACCCCAUCUUUGGUUCUCCAUUGAGUGGAGGGUGGGGGGGUCCUGCCAACGUGUUCUCGCCGCCUCCUGGGUUUGGAAACACGGCCUGGCCUCCCAACCCUGCCUUCGGAGCCCCACCCCCCGGCAUGAGACCAGUGCAGCCCCGGACGGUGCAGGUUCGUUUGAUGCUCUGCCGAGCAUGUCGGGAACUAGAGGGGCAUGCUACUGACGAGAACGGCUUUGUUGACAUCUCAACCGUCAAGGGGCAUGUUGACUCGAUCAACACCUCGGAGCCGGUCUCGGAGCCUGAGCUCCUGGAAAUGUGCGAAACUGAAGGGAGUGCCCACAACGGCGGCGGAAGCUUCGAUAUUCGCCGCGACGAGAAGUCAGGCAAGAUGCUGAUUCGCUACGACGCCAAUGGGGGUACUCCGAUCAUGGCAGCGCGCAACGUCGGUGCUCCAGGUGAGAUAGGCAGUCCCAUUGUGGGUUCGAUUGGUUCGUUUGGCACACGAGGGUCCUAG